CUUUGGCUCUAUAUAUUCCCACAAUCUGUUAGUUCUAAGCAACUAACUUAUCAAGAAUACUAGAACAUUAUAACUAAACAAGAAAAAAUGGACUCUACUAAGAGUGAAAGAGAUGUAGAAAUAAGUGCAUUUGAUGAAACAAAAUUAGGAGUGAAGGGGCUUGUAGAUGCUGGUGUUUCAACCAUUCCUUCUUUUUUCAUUCACCCACAAAUUCCACCCACUUCUAAUGUUGCUAGCUUUAAGGUUAUUCCAAUCAUUGAUCUUUCUGUCACAAGUAUCGCAGUUGAGAGGAUUCGAGAAGCGUCGGAGAAAUGGGGAUUUUUUCAAGUGGUGAAUCAUGGGAUUCCAGACAUGGUUUUAGAAGAUAUAUUGAAAGGAGUUAGAGGGUUUUAUGAGCAAGAUGAUGAAGUGAAAAAAAGUUACUAUUCUAGGGAUUAUAGUAAUAGAAAGUUGACUUAUAAUAGUAAUUUUGAUUUGUAUACUGGACCUGCUGCUAAUUGGAGAGACACUUUUGGUGUUAUGAUGGCUCCUGAUCCUCCUCUUCCUGAACAAUUGCCUCCCCCUUGCAGGGAGAUUCUAAUAAACUAUUCAAGCCACAUGAUGAGGGUGGGAAGAUUGUUGUUCGAGCUAUUAUCAGAGGCUCUUGGAUUAGAGGCAAACUACUUAAAUGAAAUUGGUUGUAGUGAAGGGCUAAAUGUUACUGGUCAUUAUUAUCCAGCUUGUCCACAACCUGAAUUGACAUUAGGAACCUCAAAACAUGCUGAUAAUGUCUUCUUAACACUGUUACUACAAGACCAAAUUGGUGGUCUCCAAGUUCUUCAUCAGAAUCAUUGGGUUGAUAUUCCUCCUACUCCUGGAGCUCUAGUGGUUAACAUAGGGGAUCUUUUACAGUUGAUAUCAAACGACAUAUUCAAAAGCGCGGAACAUAGAGUAUUGGCUAAUAUUAGAGGUCCAAGGAUAUCAGUGGCAUCUUUCUUUACUACCUUGUUUCUUGAUACAUCUAGAAGGUAUGGACCUAUCAAAGAAUUGUUAUCGCCUUCAAAUCCUCCAAAGUAUCGAGAGACUACAGUGAAAGAGUAUACAACCUACUUUCUAAAUAAAGGACUUGAUGGUACUUCUGCCCUUCCACAUUUCAAGAUUUGAUUUAUGUGUUAACUACUUCGUGUAUGUAAUUGCAUAAGUCCUAUAUAUACAUAUGUUUGAAGUUAUAUAGUUUAUACGUGAGCAUCUUUUUGAUCAGUGAGAGUGAUUGUAACAAUAUUUGAUAAUAAUAACAAGUUUUUUUUACAAGUUA